AUGGCACCCUCGGUUUCGCUUACGACAUUCUUACUGCAUUGCAGUGCCUUCAUCGGUGAACGACUCGACGCAGCCCCCUUCCAGACCUUCCUCAUCUUGGCCUCUAUCUGGAUGCUCUCUAUCCCGACUAGCGUGUUUCUGAUGACCCGCUACUGGCCCUUUAAUUUCAAAAAUGGAAAACCUCGGCUGCGGUGCCGCUCAUGUAGGAGCACCGACGUUGCCGAGACUCCUGCGGGUGCCUCGAUCCCAACCUCGAGUGAGAAGGGGAUUAGGGAUUGA